CCAACAGCAAAGCGCGCAGCUGUCCCGGCGCACUCUCAACUGGAGACGAGCCUUCAGUGCUUCAGUCUGACCCGGGAGAGCUGAGAAAACCACGGAGUACACGCGUAAAGGAGGAGGGGUAAUGGGGUCGGAGCACCACGGUCACGGAUCUAACCCAAACCAGUGAGGAGGACGCGUACUCGGGGAUGUCUGCCAGUCUGGAACCGCCGGCGUCAUUCGGACUCAUGUUCCCGUUCAAAGAGGAGCGAAGCCGGAAUAAGGAGCGCCUGGAGGCCAGCCUGGCGGCGCUGUGCGAGCUGGAGCUGCUGAAACAGAGGCAGGAGAGCCGGGUCCUCAGUGCGCUGUGCCUCGGGGACGAAGCUCCGGGGCGCACGGCUUGGACUGCGCUACGGGCAACGGAGCAAGACGCACCCGAUUUCGGCGUGAGGCUGCAGACCAGCAGCUUGCAGUGCACACCAUGGGGUAUCAUGGCGUCUUUGGAACAGCAUGUGGCCCAGCUGAAGGUGAACGCUGAGGUGAAAUUAGCAGAUUUGCCCACCGUCCUGGAUGACAGCCAACCCCCCGCAGAAGUCUCUCCACCUAAAGAGGAUGGCUUACCUGUUGAACCAUUCAUGUUCCAUCAGAGGUUUCCCCGCUCCUUAUCAGCCCCAAAUGGGACCGUGGACACUGAGCCCCGGGACACCUGGCUCUCCGACUUAGCCAGAAGUACAUUGUUUGCAGAUGCUUUGGCUGAGCUCAAGAGCCUCGAACAGGGUCAAGAGGGUAACCAGCAAGCUCAAAAGGCAGAGACCUAUAUUUUUGGACUGAUCCAUCGCAAAGCCCUACCACCAAGGCCUACAAAACCUCGUACUAGCUUAGCACCAGAUGCCCGUGCGACUGGCGUGGUGAGGCAGAGUAGUUUAUGUCGCAAAGAAGACCAGCAUUCCCCAAAGCAAGUGCCUGUGCAAGUGAUUCCUGAGACUCCUUCUCCAGUUCUCAUUCAAUCGCAAGUUCCAGAAAGAAUGCCACAACUGGCUGCCCAUAACUUGGACCAUGAACGGUUUCAAGGAACUACUUAUAUUGACGAACCACCACCUCCGUAUCACCACCUUCCGCAAAACCAACAUCAACCUGGUCCAUACCAGAAACCCAAGCAAGUUCAGAUAGUCCCCAAUCGGUCAAUAUCGUUAGAAUAUCCGUCUUGCAGGGUGAUUCCGACCCAAGUGGACUCAAGCAAUAGCGAACCCGAUUCACCCCAGAACUUCCAAGGAGGCUACUCACCGGCGGUACCCAAACCUCAGCAACUUCCCCCGCCCGAAGAACAUCUAGUCAACGCGGAGUACAUCCCUGCCCAGCCUUGUCGAGCGUCAACCAGGGCAUAUGCACACCAUCACCACCAUCACCAUAAAACGUCCGGAGCUUCCAAACUUAACCGGAGCACGUAUUCGCCAGAAAGAACCCACCAUCAUCAAGAACCACAACCGCCCCAAAGCCAACCAUCAAGAUCUCGAAGCAGCGCCAAGAAGUGCGACAAAAACGGCGCAGCUCGGAAGCAAGGCAAAAAGGCAAGCAGGUCGCAAUCGGAAAAUAGUUUGCAGAGAGCACCUGAACGAAAGUACAACACGGUAGAGCGUGACGGAGCGGGUAGUGGGAGCGGAAGCAGGGGUAGUCGGGGUAGCCAGUCCAAAAGUAAGAAGCAGCAUCACCACGGCAAUGGAAACUACCGACGUUGGCAGUCAUCCUUGGAGCUCAGCCAGGACGAGGCUGAACAACCACAUGGUCCGACGCACGUGCAGGUCCACCCAACUCCCAACCAGAGAGACCACUGUUCGAAGCGCACCCGCAAAUCCCGUCCGGCGCACCCCUCCUACGCCUACCCCGCACCCAACCACCACAACCACCACAACCAUCCCCACCAUAACCAUUCCCACCACCAUUCCCAUCACCAGCAUAUGGAGUACCAGCUAGACAGUCGGCCGGUUGAGGACUACCACCACGGGGCGCAAGGCGAGUCCGAGUCCAGUACAAGUGAAGCGGAGUCUCCGGAUUCCAGCUCUCUGUCCAGUGAUUCGGAUGAGAGCGGGGGGCUUGUAUGGCCGCAACAGCUACCACCCCAGCUGGCCCAUCCACCCCCAUCGGCAGCAGCAGCAGCAGCACCCGGGGGACCUAUGCAGCAGAAGGCAUUCGUCAAGAUUAAGGCCUCACACGCGCUCAAGAAGAAGAUUUUACGCUUCCGCACUGGUUCGCUCAAAGUGAUGACUACUGUGUAAGGAGGAAGAGCGGACAGGGCUAUGUUGAAUGUUUGAACAAGGUGGUUAAAAGGAGUUAGUGAACUGGUUAUGGCAAAAGACUCACCAAAGGACCUUUAACCAGAGAUGUUGGGAUAUGUAAAGUGGGAUUUACAGUAUGUUGUACAAAAUGUUUAUAAAGGUACUAGAAGAUGAAUAAAUUAAUAUGGUCUUUAAGAUGUUACAAAUGAAGGAAUUUGCUUUUGCCGGUGUGCUUUUUGUUUUCAUUUUCUUAGCUGUGUAUGUAUAAAGAUUUUGAGGAAGACGGCAAUUAAUAUUAUGGUUUUCAGUAAUAGAAAUCAUCAUACCAGCAGCUAAUUCAUUCACAAAACAGUAACUAUGAUUUAUAUGGAAUUUAAGCUCAUUUCUUUUGGCUUAUUCGUGGGUUUCAGU